CGUCGAUUGCCGUCUGUCCCCGCUGCCAUUGGAGGGGCCAUGUCUUUCUUUUGAGUAUUGAUUGUGCUGCUGAGCUGCCCCUGCGUUGAAAAAGGGCCUUUCCAUGUCCACGUAACGGUCGCGUUUUUUGUAUCAAUUGCUUCUCUACCCCUUUGAAUAUGCCUCCUCAUCUCCAUCCUCGGUCGCGGUCGACGACCUCACUUUUUGCGGGAACGCUUCUUGCAUCGCUCUUCGUCGUCGGCAUGCCGCACAUUUUCCCUUGUCCCGCCCCACGACGCACACUCGCCGAUUCAGACAUGAUGAUGACUGUGGAUGGAAAGCAAGUGCACAGAGUGCGAAGAAAGAGACGAAAGGAUGUGGACACCCUCGAGCAAGAUGGCAACAGUCACACCCCGUUCCCGAUGGCUCAGGCCAGCGAUGAAGAAGUGUCGACGUUUUUGCAAUUGGAGGAGGAAGCACAAUCAAUGGCCAAGGUUGGCAGAGAAUGCCCGGUUCCCAAACCAAAAGGGAUUCUGGGAGAUAUUUUGGGCUUCACAGGCCGUGACGACGCACAACAAACGCGGAAUUCAUAACCAGAUAUUCGACUGAGAAACAAUCACGGCGGGAUGGAAUAAGCAAGCGACACUUUUUUUGAAUUUUCGAAGAUACCAUGAAUAUAGGCUCGUGGGAAUUGGCCUUGGAAUACGCAGCUGGCCUUGGAACUCUUGCCAUGGAGAGGCCAAUGCCAACACUACACCUAUGACUGUACAUAUAGUUGUACCAGAUUGAGGAUUGCCAUUAUGCAAUCAAACUGUAUAUCAAAUAUAUCAAAUGAAUUACAGCGAUUAGUCUUG